CUCGCGUGACGCCACCAUCGCUGUCUGUCACCCGCGGCUCCAUGCAAAAAGUCAAAAAAACGCGAAGCAAGGAAAAUUUCUUGGUUAAACUCGCGCCCGUGUUUUUCCGCACUUUCCACGUUCCAACAGCGGUCCAAGGUGUGCGCGAAGGUGUAUCGGCCGUCGACGGCAAUGGUUCAUUGUUAGCUGGCAGGCCACUCGGAGCAGAUCCGAUUCAACGAAGUAAGCAAGGAAAAUUGGACUGAAAACAUCAACAAAAGUUCAACGACGAAAGUUUCAACACCUUGAGAAGAACCUAAAAAUCCGGGAUGGAACCAGCAGGAGAGGUGGUUGGCCUGGCCAACGAGCUAGCUCGGGCGGUCAAGAUUACGCUCGAUCCGGCCGCGUCCCAGCAAUCUCGCAUGGAUGCCUAUGUGGCGUGUGAGAGAUUUAAGGAGGUUUCUCCGUUGUGCGCCCAGGCCGGUCUGUACCUGGUGAUGGGCAACUACCCGUCGAUCGUGCGCCACUUUGGGCUGCAGCUGAUGGAGCACACGGUCAAGUUCAACUGGAACAGCAUCUCGCAGCAGGAGAAGAUCUUUAUCAAGGAGAAUGCGAUGAAGCUGUUGAGCACUGGGGUUGGUGAGGCGCAGGACCAGACGGUGUCGCACAUCAAGGAUGGGCUGUCGCGGGUCAUCGUCGAGAUGAUAAAGCGCGAGUGGCCCCAGCAGUGGACGACGCUGCUGGCGGAGUUGAGCGACGCUUGCUCGAAGGGUUCCGCCCAGACGGAGUUGGUUCUGUUGGUGUUUUUGCGGCUGGUUGAGGACGUGGCGCUGCUGCAGACGAUCGAGAGCAACCAGCGUCGGAAGGACAUUUACCAGGCGUUGACGGUGAACAUGUCGGAGAUUUUCGACUUUUUCCUGAGGCUGAUUGAGUUGCAUGUUGGGGAGUUUCGGAACGCCACAGCCGUGGGGGAUAAGAACAAGGCGUUGGGGCACAGUCGGGUUGUGCAGGUGGUGCUGCUGACGUUGACCGGGUUCGUGGAGUGGGUGUCGAUCAACCACAUUAUGGCGGCGAACGGGAGGUUGCUGCAGAUCUUGUGCAUUUUGCUGAUUGAUGUGGAGUUUCAGCAACCGGCCGCCGAGUGUCUGCUGCAGAUUGUGAACCGCAAAGGGCAGAUCAAGGACCGCAAGCCACUGCUGCUGCUGUUUGACGAAGCCCCCGUGGGGCACUACUACCGGGCGGCGCUGCAGACGGAACUGUUCGGCAGUGAGCCGUACUACCAGUUUCUGAAGAAGCUCAUCCAGGUGUUGAACGGGUUGGUGACUCAACUGACGGGAUUGUGGGGAAAGGAAGAUUGCCAGGUAUCUCGGCAGAGUUUCGCCACCUUCCUGGAGACGAUCCUGACCUUUACGCGCCACUCGAGCUACACGCUGUCCCACUCGGCUGCCCUCGCCUGGAUGGCCCUGCUCAAGCACGAGCAAAUCGCCCGCGAUCCACUGCUGCUAGAUUACAUUCCCAAGAUCAUCGAGCUGUUUGGGCCGAAGAUCAUCAAACUAGCCUACCCGACGUCCCGCCCGACGGAGAUCACGAUGCAUCCGCAGACGUUCAUCAGCUUGGACUACGACGGCGAAGAAGAAUGGCUCGUGUUCUUCGCCCGCUGUCGGACCGACUUCCUGGAGAUCUUCCGGCAGGCCACGUUGAUCGCUCCGCUGGUGGCAUUUUCCUACUGUGAACAGUGGCUCAACUCACGCCUCCAGAAGGCAGCACAUUCCGAACGGAACCUACCGCCGUGCACGGUGACCGAUCCGGUUUACCUCGAGUGGGACGCGUUGGUCAACGUGCUCGAGGGUGUCCUCUCGCGAAUUCUCAUGGUCACCGAGCGGCCGUCCGUCGCAGCCGGACUCCGUUUGCUCGAGGAAUCCCUCAAGGUAGACUCCAACGACCCGCUGAUCCAGUCAGUGCUGCUGUCCUGCAUUUCUUCACUGUUUGUGUUCCUCAGCAUGUCGUCCUGCCAGAUCACGGCGGCCAACUGCGUGGCCAUGUCCGGCGUCCAGCUGCUGCCACGCGUCUUGGAUAAGGUGUUCCAAGCGUUGGUGUUCCAACUCCCGGGCGAAACCCGCCAAACCCGCUCCGUUUCCGUGAAGAACCUCCGACGACACGCGGCCUCCCUCAUGGUCAAAAUAGCCCACAAAUAUCCACUCCUUCUGCUGCCCAUCUUCGACCAGAUCAACACUAGCGUAACGGCCCUGAUCCGCCAACCGGACCAGCUGAGCAACGUAGAGCAGGUCACCCUGCUGGAAGCGCUCCUGCUAAUCUCCAACCACUUUUGCGACUACGAACGCCAGAGCACGUUCGUCGCCGAAGUCACCCGCGACGGAGUGUCCCUCUGGAUGCACCUCGCUCCGAUCAUCAAGAACGCACACACCUUCAUCGACUUUGUCGGCCUCAACAAACCGCCCAUCUCGCCGACCUCCGGCAUCGCCGACCCGGCCAACAUCAACCGCGGCCAGAUCGUCUACGCGCUCAACCUCAUCCUGGGCGUCAUCAAGCGGUGCUCCUGGCCGGACGACCCGGAUCGCUGCUCGCGCGGUGGCUUCGUCGUCGCCCUCACCGAGUCCGGCAAUCCCAUCUGUCGAAAUCCGGCCACCUCGCACGUGGUCCCGCUCCUUUCGCACAUUCUCUCGCUGAUGCGGGUGCUCAACGAACUGUGGAAACCGGACGCGAUCGCCGCCAUCGGCGAGUACUUCAAGAGUGCAAACGGCAUGCAAGAGCACGAAAAGAAGCAACUGCUCGGGAUCUCCCCUGCGCUGCAGGACCCGCUCGAUCCGAGCGUGAAGAAGCCUCCGACGGCGCUGGAUCGCAUGCAGACGUUCCUGUCGCUGAUCUUCGAGCACUGUUACCACAUGAUGGGAUCGGCAGGACCCUCCCUCGGCCGGGAUCUGUACGCCCUGCCGGGCAUCGCCGACGCCAUCAUCGGAAGCAUCUUCGCCUUCCUGGACAACGUGCCGGACUUUCGGCUGCGAACGAUCGUGCGCGUGUUCCUGAAGCCGUUCGUGUACUCGUGCGCGCCCAUCUUCCACGAGGUCGUCCUGCUGCCCAUCUUUGCCCACUUUGCGCCAUUCAUGCUCACAAGACUGACGGCCCGCUGGCAGUACAUCACGGCGCUGUACGAGUCCGGCGAGCUUGGCGAGGACGUCAACGACACCCAGGAGGUCCUCGAAGACAUGCUGAACCGGACACUGACCCGAGAGUACAUCGAGGUGCUGAAGGUGGCGCUCGUGGGCAGUACGGUUGAUCCUACCAACUCAAACGCCUCCAGCGAAGCCACCAUGGACACGAUGGACGACCAGAGCAUGGACGGGCCACCGCAGGCGCUGUCGCGGGCCGCCCAGUCGGCGAUGACUUCGGAGGUGAUCAGCGAUCUGGGUGCGAAGUUGCUGCGCAACCAGUACACCUGCACGCCCAUCGUCAUGACGGUGCUGAGCGUCCUAUCGUGGACCGACAGCAACUCUAGCCUGAAAGCCACCCUCCUCAGCGGCCCAGUUAUUCGUUUCCUCGCGUCCGAACAACUCAUCACGGAUACGCUCGCCUCCAACAUCAUCAUUGCCGUGCUGCAGGGUCUUCAACUGCACGGCCAGCAUGAAGCUAACCAGGCGUCCCUCAUCACGCUGGGCGUCCAAGCGUACGAGAUUCUGCGGCCCAAGUUCCCCAACAUCCUGGAGGUGAUCCAGCAGAUCCCCAACAUUAGCGCCGCCGACAUCCAGAAGCUGGACGAAAAAAUCACCCUGACCGCCACCACCAAGGGCAACAAGAUCGACAAGGCCAAGAAGGACCUGUUCAAGAAGAUCACGUCCAACAUUGUCGGACGCAGCGUUGGCCAGCACGGCAAGAAGGAGGUACGGAUCGUGAACCUGCCGCCGAUCGCACAGGUGCCACGGAGCGCGUGCAGCAACCCGAUGGACAACGGCCAGGACACGGGGCUGGCGCAUCUGUUCGCCAGUCGGAGUUAGUGAACGAGCGCGAGCGGGACCCAGUUUAAGUUAAGUUUGCUUCAUUAUUUUAAAAUCAGUUUUUUUUGCACGCAAGAAAAAAGGAAGGUGUCAAUCUGUUGCUUGUUGAACAUUCGCGCCGCCGUCGUUUUUAUUUUUUGCCAUUUUUUGUCGCGUCGCGCCGCGACGCGAGUUUGCCGCUGUUUAGUUAUUAUUUAUUGAAAACUCCAGAUUUUGUGUAUUUGAGUUGUACAAAACAAAAGAUGCAAGCGCCGUGCGAAGAUUUGGUAUGAAUUGUGUUAGAGAAGAAGACGAAGAUUGUUCGUAAAUUUGUUCCUGAAGAGCAAAAGGAAAACAGCAGGACUCGAUGACAUUCACUAGGCAUCACUAAAUAAGUGGAAUUUAGUACAUGGUAGAACUAUUAUUACGAUAUACAUUUACCUUUGCAAGAGAGAGAGAAAAACAAAAGAAACGACAGUGUUUCAGAGGAGAAGACAAAAA